GGUUCGCUGUAGCCUGUGUCGCUGUUUUUUUUUUUUUGUUCGUUUCAUAAAGUUUCAUCCCGUUUGAAUCCCUUUCCUCUCCUCGCCGGCAAUCAUGGCGGAGUACGAUCUGACCACCAAGAUCGCCCAUUUUCUGGAUCGCCACCUGGUUUUCCCGCUGCUGGAGUUCCUGUCCGUGAAAGAGAUUUACAAUGAAAAGGAACUGCUCCAAGGAAAGUUGGACCUGCUUAGUGACACCAACAUGGUGGACUUUGCAAUGGACGUUUACAAGAAUCUUUAUUCCGACAAGGAAAUCCCACAGUCUCUGAGAGAGAAAAGAACUACAGUUGUUGCACAAUUAAAACAGCUGCAAGCUGAAACUGAGCCAAUUGUGAAGAUGUUUGAAGAUCCUGAAACUACACGACAAAUGCAAUCCACCAGAGAUGGACGGAUGUUGUUUGAACACCUUGCUGAAAAACAUGGGUUCAGACAGGAGUACCUAGAUACGCUCUACAGAUACGCCAAGUUCCAGUACGAAUGUGGUAACUACUCCGGAGCAGCCGAGUACUUGUAUUUCUUCAGAGUUCUGGUUCCAUCUACAGACCGAAAUGCUUUGAGUUCUCUCUGGGGAAAGCUUGCUUCAGAAAUUUUGAUGCAGAAUUGGGACGCGGCCAUGGAAGAUCUGACAAGACUCAAAGAAACCAUAGAUAACAAUUCUGUCAGCUCCCCUCUCCAGUCUCUACAGCACAGGACGUGGCUCAUACAUUGGUCUCUUUUUGUGUUCUUCAAUCACCCUAAAGGUCGGGACAACAUAAUUGAUCUAUUCCUUUACCAACCCCAAUAUCUGAAUGCCAUUCAGACCAUGUGCCCACAUAUCCUUCGAUACCUGACUACAGCAGUCAUCACCAACAAAGAUGUCCGGAAACGAAGGCAGGUUUUGAAAGAUUUGGUCAAGGUUAUCCAACAGGAAUCUUACACAUACAAAGACCCCAUUACGGAGUUUGUGGAGUGUUUAUACGUAAAUUUCGACUUUGAUGGUGCACAGAAAAAAUUAAGAGAGUGUGAAUCGGUCCUGGUGAAUGACUUCUUUCUUGUGGCAUGCCUUGAAGAUUUCAUUGAAAAUGCAAGACUCUUCAUAUUUGAGACUUUUUGUCGGAUCCACCAGUGUAUCAGCAUCAGCAUGUUGGCUGAUAAGCUGAAUAUGAGUCCUGAAGAAGCUGAAAGAUGGAUUGUCAAUCUAAUCCGAAAUGCAAGACUGGAUGCAAAGAUAGAUUCCAAGCUGGGUCAUGUCGUAAUGGGGAACAAUGCAGUGUCUCCUUAUCAACAAGUCAUUGAGAAGACAAAAAGCCUUGCAUUCCGCAGUCAGAUGCUGGCUAUGAAUAUUGAAAAGAAAAUGAAUCAGAACACAAGAACUGAGGCACCGAACUGGGCAGCUCAGGACUCUGGAUUUUAUUAACCAGUUACACCAACUAAUUCUACAGCUAAAGCCGUGCUAGGCACACAAAAACAUUCAAAUUUGUAAGAUCGGCUUAAGAGCCAACAUAUUGGAAUAAAAUUGCUACAUUUACUUUUAAAUAAAA